AUGGAGCCACGCAGACGACUUCCCAAAAUUCUUUGCCUUCACGGCAGCGGCACCAACAUUGACAUCUUCCAAAUCCAAAGUCGCAAGCUACGAGGCCACCUCAAAGAUCAUUUUCGCUUCGUCUUCGUCAACGCUCCAUUCUCUUCGCCUCCCGGUCCAGGAGUUCUCCCUUUCUUUGACAGCGACGACGACUUUUUCGCCUGGAUCCCGCAAAGGCGCCGUUCUCGGAAGCCUCUUGCAAGACGUAUAGAUCUCGGGAAAGAGGAGAAAGAGGCAAACGAGGGCUUGAAAAGAGCUCUCUUGGAGAUCGGAGAGUAUGACAGUCCAUUUGUGGGAGUGAUGGGUUUCUCGCAAGGUGCUGGGAUGGCCGCAAGCCUCCUACUUCUUGCACAGCAAGCCCGCAAUCGCGGAGAGAGAUCCUAUUGGAGCAGUCUACAGUUCGGCAUCAUGUUCAAUGGGACAGCGGAUUGUCUAGAGUGGCAAGCUCAUCGCUCGAGUCAGCAGCUAGAGGAUGAUUUGAUUCGGAUCCCGACCGUUCAGGUCCAUGGUCUUGUGGAUCCUUGGCUCAAAAACGGGAGGAUGAUGCUUGACAGGUUUUUUGAUAGAGAUACUGUGCGUUUGAUCGAGUUCAAUGGGGGUCAUCAUUUGAUUCCUGACGAGGAUGGGACGAGGAAGUUGGCGGAGGCUAUCAAGGAUGUAAGUAGUGGAACAUCGAAAGUCACGUGGUGGAAUGCUGCAGUUGAGAGCAAGAUUCGGAAAGAUCCUGUUGUUACGAUCGAUGAAAUGGUGUUUAUCUGA